CAUAUGGAGCUGCAGAGACAAACAGGGACAAUGAGACAUCGGUUUCAUUUGAUAGUUGACUUGAGCAUGUAUUCUGGCUGAAAUGGAGGACACAGAGGUCAGACAACAGAAGCUGGACAAUCAGCGUUCGCUUUUAAUCAAGAAACAACAAAGAAAAAGGGCAGAUGCCCGGAUGAUCACAGCGAAUCAUGACAUUCGUCCGAAGACACGCAAACAGAAAGCUGAGUCUGACGAUACGGCUUUAUUGAUAAGCCAAUCUCAGAGCAACAUUUCCCUCAGUGACACACAACCUGAGCAGAUUUAUGAAAACACGGUUGAAGAGAUUUGUUUGGGAGAACUGACCAUUUCAUCCAGGACAGAAGAGGCUUCAGAAGAGCUCACUCAUUCGGUUCCGGUCAUCACUAAGAAAAUCGAUCUAGAGAUCAGCCCGCAGCACAGCGCUAAAUGCACUUUAGACACAGAAGGCCAAACAGAUGGAAAGAAAACUAAGAAAAAGGGUGUGAAAAAAGGGCAAGCAAAAUUACUUGAGGCCAAACCUGCAUUAGAAGUGGAGGAAAAUGAAGGGAAAGAGAAAAAAGCAGUGAAAAAGAAGGAUAAGACAAACGAAUCUAAGGAGAAAGUGAAGACAGAGGAACAGCCUUCAAUCCAGACUGAUUCGGUUGUGGAAAUCAACAUUAAUGAAGAGAAAAAACCUGAAUCGGAGUGUGAGGAUGAAACAAAAGACUGGACAAACAGCCCCGUCCCUCCCACACCAAAGAAAAAACAACAGCUGAAACCAACGAGAUGUCAUCUCAGUGAUAGUGAGGAAGAAAAAGAGGAGGAAAAGGAGGAAGACAAGAAGAGGGAAGCUAAAAAAACACCAAAGAAGUCUAAAAAAGGAGCAAAAAAUGAUGACAGUAUUGCUUCUUUAAACUCUAACUAUAAGGAGCCUUCCUCUGACAGUGAUUCUUUGGACAUGGGAAAAUCCUCUCCGAUGUCUUUGGAGGAUCUGGAACAGUUUGCCGUGCGUCCAGCUCCAAGAGAUGUGACUAUUCAGUGCAGGAUCACCAGAGACAGGAGGGGAGUGGAGAAAGGCAUCUUUCCCACAUAUUACCUCCACAUGGAAAAGGAAGAUGGGAAACGGGUCUUUCUGAUGGCUGGCAGAAAGAGGAAGAAAUGCAAAACGUCAAAUUAUUUGAUAUCAAUCGAUCCUACUGAUUUAUCCAGAGAUACUGACAGCUACAUAGGCAAACUAAGAUCAAAUGUCUUGGGGACUAAAUUCACUGUGUAUGAUAAUGGCGAGAAUCCAGAAAGGAAACCAUUCAUUAAAGAAACGGAUACACUGCGACAAGAGCUCGCAGCAAUAUGUUAUGAGAAAAAUGUUUUGGGUUUCAAAGGUCCUAGAAAAAUGACAGUGAUUAUUCCUGGUAUGCAUGAGAAUGAUGAGAGAGUUGUUAUUAGACCAAAAAAUGAGCUGGAGUCUCUGCUCACCCGAUAUGAGAAUGGUAACAAAGAGAAUCUCGUCACCCUUGUAAAUAAAUCACCCAGCUGGAAUGAGCAAACUCAGUCGUAUGUGCUCAAUUUCCACGGCCGAGUUACUCAGGCAUCUGUGAAAAACUUUCAAAUUGUUCAUCCGGAUAAUGUGGACUACAUCGUGAUGCAGUUUGGCCGGGUAGCAGAAGAUGUGUUUUCCAUGGACUACAGCUUUCCCAUGUGCGCUCUACAAGCAUUUGCCAUCACUCUGUCUUCCUUUGAUGGCAAACUGGCCUGUGAAUGAACGUCAUUCAUCUUUAUUUUCUGCUCUUUGAAAAAAGUUAAACUGCAUUCAUUUUGAAAUGUUCUUGCCCUGAUAACACAGGUACAUCUCGCAGAUGUAUUUUUGACAUCUGCAAGAUGUAUUUUUUAGAUUGUUCACUCAUCUGCAAUACGUCUAUAGGACGUUUCCUAUCAGAUGUCAAAUAGCCGUCUAUCAGAUGUCUUUAAGAUGUAAAACUGACAUCUUAUAGACGUCUGCCAGAUGUUUGCACACAGCAGAUGCUUUCCAGAUCUUUAACAGACAUCUUGCAGACAUACGUGUUUUAUCUAGGUUGUGGUCAUUUGCUAUAUCCUCAAAUUAUGAUGCACAGUUAAUAAUUUGUUUUACUAUUUAUGAAUCUACACUUAGAGACAAUGUAUGAAUGAAUUUCAUAUUUAAUUGCUAAAUAUAUUUGUUUUUCAAGAUUUCCUUUGUUUACCUUAAAUAAAAAGCUUUUGCUCUUAUAUAAGGCAGUUUUAUACCGUUACUCUUCAUAAACUUGCAUUCACCAUCUUACAGAGCUUUUUUCUUUUGCUUUCUUUUUGAGAUAUGAGCAGAAUAUUAUAUUUUACCAUAGUGGAAAAUGUAAAUAUAGUAGGUCUAUCUCUCCAGCGGGGGGCAGUAAAAGCCUUGAACGUUUUUCACACCGCUGCAAACUAAACAGGAGAAGAAAGGGACAAAUUCGUAUAUAACUUCAUAUAUAACUUGCCCUGAUAGCACAGGUACAUCUCGCAGAUGUAUUUUUUAGAUUGUUUACUCUGCAAUAUGUCUAUAGGACGUUUCCUAUCAGAUGUCAAAUAGACGUCUAUCAGAUGUCUUUAAGAUGUUUCUGAUUUAGAAAGUAUGUAAAACUGACAUCUUACAGACGUCUGCCAGAUGUUUGCACACAGCAGAUGCUUUCCAGAUCUUUAACAGACGUCUUGCAGACAUACGUGUUUUAUCUAGGUGUGGUCAUUUGCUAUUAUCCUCAAAUUAUGAUGCACAGUUAAUAAUUUGUUUUACUAUUUAUGAAUCUACACUUAGACAAUGUAUGAAUUUAUUUCAUAUUUAAUUGCUAAAUAUAUUUGUUU